AUGGUCUGCAUUGUCUCUGUCUCUUUUGAUCUGGAGAUCAAAGACUCUUUAUCUUCUUGGAUCCAAGUGACCACUUUGUGUGGACACAGUUACUGUAAGAGUUGUAUUACAGACUGCUGGGAUCAGGAGGAUCAGAAGAGAGUCUACAGCUGCCCUCAGUGCAGACAGACCUUCAGUCCAAGACCUGCUUUAGCUUUAAACACCAUGCUGGCUGAAGUGGUGGAGAAACUGAAGAAGAUGAAACUUUCUGCUGACUGUUACGCUGGAGCAGAAGAUGUGCAGUGUGACGUCUGUACUGAAAGAAAACACAAAGCCGUCAAGUCCUGUCUGGUGUGUCUGGACUCUUACUGUCAGAAUCACCUUGAACAACAUGAGAGUUUGCUUAAAGGAAAGAGACACAAUCUGAUUGAUGCCACUGGACGACUGCAGGAGAUGAUCUGCCAGAAACAUGAAAAGAUCCUUGAGGUUUUCUGUUGUACUGACCAGAAGUGUAUAUGUCUGCUGUGUACGAUGGAUGAACAUAAAAACCACGACACUGUAUCAUCUGCAGCACAGAGGACAGAGAAACAGCACCAGCUGAAGGAGACACAGAAGUUGUUCCAGCAGAGGAUCCAGCAGAGAGAGAAAGAUCUUCAGCAGCUGAGAGAGGCUGUGGAGUCUCAUAAGCGCUCUGCACAGACAGCAGUGGAGGACAGUGAGAGAAUCUUCACUAAGCUCAUCCGCUGCAUUAAGAAAUGCCGCUCUGAGGCCACACAGCGGAUCAGAGAUCAGGAAAAGACUGCAGUGAGUCGAGCUGAAGGACGACUGGAGAGACUGGAGCAGGAGAUCAAUGAUCUGAGGAGGAGAGACGCUGAGCUGGAGCAGCUUUCACACACACAGGAUCACAUCCAUUUCCUGCAGAGUUUCCAGUCUCUCUCAGCUCCUCCUGAAUCUACAGAUGUAAAUGACGAUCCCUUCAGUUCUCUCUCCUCUUUUGAUGAAGUGAGAAAAUCUGUCCGUCAGCUGAGAGACAAACUGGAGGAUUUCUGCAAAGCGGAGCUCAACAAGACCUCUGACAGAGUCACUUUCACCAACAUUGUUCCCAGAACCAGGAACGACUUCCUACAAUAUUACCAUCAGUUCACUCUGGAUCUGAACACAGUGAAUAAACACCUCCAUCUGUCUGAGAGGAACAGAGUGAUUACUGUCACUAAAACAGAUCAGCCGUAUCCUGAUCAUCCAGAAAGAUUUGAUUAUUAUCUUGAGGUGUUGUGUAGUGAGAGUUUGUGUGAUCGACGCUGUUACUGGGAGAUUGAGUGGAGUGGUGAUGAUGUUUUUGGUGUGUCUAUAUCAGUGUCAUAUAAGAGCAUCAGCAGGAAGGGACGAGGUUAUGAGUGUUGGUUUGGAUAUAAUGAUCAGUCCUGGAGUUUGAUCUGCUCUUCAUCCAGUUACUCAUUCAAACACAAUAACAUAGAAACUGAACUCCCUGAAGAGUUCAUCAGCCGUAGAAUAGGAGUGUAUGUGGAUCACAGUGCAGGAACUCUGUCCUUCUACAGCAUCUCUGGAGACACAAUGAGCCUCAUCCACACAGUCCAGACCACAUUCACUCAACCGCUCUAUCCUGGGUUUUGGAUUGGUUCUGGAUCAUCAGUGAAACUGUGUUGAUGAAUCAGAAUAGACGUUAGAGAGAUUCUAGAGAGAUCUUAUUGAUGAGCUUCGCUACUUCCUGCUUCACUACUGUUUGGACGCUCUUGCUUACAGCUCCGCGCUUUGCUCUAUUGCUUUUAUAUUUUAUCUCCUAAUUUUAACUACAGCAAAUCAGCACAGUGCUCAAACGACAAAUCUUGGCACCAACAAACUUUUUAACUAAAAGAUUGCUACAAAAAGGGGGAAUUUUUAUCCGACCAACCUCCCACUGACAGCAGCCAUCAGCUUACAUUCCGGAGAAGGGAAAACACAGCUGCCUACAUCCAAAAGGAUUAGAAAUAAUAUGCCUCCUCUGAUUGAAGAAUCUACCUGCUGCACAAACUGCACAGACUUCUACAAAGGAUUGCAGUUCUUGAAACAAAGUUACUUGCGGGACUACCAAACCAGGAGGAACACACAACAGAGCUUCAUCAUGGACGUCCUCAGCACAGUCGGUGAGUCCCAUGAAUCUAAUGCUCCUAAACAGGCCAUACUGAGUGCCGUAACUGAUCAACAUACUAAUCGAUGGCACAAACGGAGCAAGACCCAAAGGCACUUGAGACAUCAGAUUGUUACGAGUAUCACAUAUUAAUGCAGUAGCAUCCUCUACUCCAAACACUAGCUCCCUACCACCGCCAAUACAUCUGGAGAACAGAUUUGAAGUGUUAAUGAAUGUGGGUGAGGAAUCUCCAGACAUGAUGAAUGUGGGUGAUGAAUCCCCAAACAUGAUCGGACACAGAUCAAAUCAGCCAGCAGCUAACACCGAUGCUAACUGCCGCUCAAGGUCGAGCAGACAGCGGCACUCA